AUGAAGGUAGCCACAUCGAUUCAGUUGUUCAUCCUUUCUUCUUUGAUCUCAUUCAAUGCUGCUGUAGCCAGUGUGCCGACGAAUGCCACCGAGUUGGAAGAUGCUCCGGAGUGUGCUAUACAAUGUCUAGCUCAGUUGGUAAAAGGGCCAACAUUAUCAGACAAAAAUAAGGAUAUACUGUGUCAUAAUAAAGCAAUCGGCAAUGGCGCUGCUGGCUGCACCCUGGUGCAAUGCAGCAUGAGAGAUCUGUUUGGUACGCCCAUCCGUCAUGACAUCUACACUGGCCGAAGUCAGUCUUGGGGACCCGACGAUGUUACUAUCAUUGCGGCAGCAGCUUUUUCUGUUCUCUCAACUCUCAUGACGGGAUUAAUGACGUUCAAGGGCUUGGGUCGCAACGUCUGGUUAUUCGAUGAUUACACAAUCACCACCUUCUACAUAUAUCUGCGGCGCACUCCAACGACAGCCUGUAUAUUUACUGUGGGAGGGAUGGAAAGAGUUGCCACCGAAGGGGAUUUCCUUGAAUAUUCCGGCAAUCAUAUUCUCGCAUGCUGCCGUCAAUAUUGCCUUGGAUGUCUGGAUGUUUGUUCUUCCUCUGACCCAGCUGUAUCAUUUGGGGUUGAAGCCAAAGAAGAAAGCUGGGGUCAUGCUUAUUUUCGGUGUUGGAAUCUUUCCAGUCUCAUAGCUGCCAGCUGUAUCCGAAUCCCCUAUUUGAUUGGGUUUAGUAGAUCAUUAAACUCGACAGCCGAUUCUCAAGGAUUCAUCGUCUGGUCCAAUAUCGAGUGCGGUAUAGGCAUCCUCGUCGCAUGUAUGCCGCACAUGCAACCAGUCUUUCGGGCCAUAGCAGAGCGAGCAAGAUCAUGGAAGGUGCUGCCAACUAGUUCGAACGGUGGCGACGGCAUGUUUGUUCAACGAGGGUUGAAGACUAUCCCCAUAACGAACGCUGGCGGGAAUGACAUGCGCACUGAUGGGACUACGUUGGUAGGAGGGGAUGAUACGACACCCAAUGACUCAGGGGGGCUAUUGACUUUGGAGGGGUCCACCAUAUAUGGGAAGAGAAACGGAGGGUCUGUUAGUGAUGGACCCAAAAUGGUAUAUCUUGGCGAAUACAUCGUUAGGUGGGCUGCUGAGAGAGUCUCUGAUGUUGUUGAAGGUAUCGUGCCUCUUGAGCUUCUGGCGGUCUUUAUAGUGGAUAUCAUUGAGAGAUAUCGUAAUUCCUGGGAACAAGACCGGUGCAUCCCUUCCAUGAUUGGGGCAGCCGAUGGCUGCUUUGAUGUCCUCUGUUAG